CUUAUUGUUGUUUCCCCGCCCGCUAUUGACAAUUUCUUGUGUUUUGCUGCCGUGUUUCAGUUCAAGUUUUAGCCUGAUAUAAAACGGUACCUGUUUAAAGCGAGAAAUUAUGGGCAGUACAACAAAGUUUGUUAACGAGUUCUGUGAUAUUAUCGACUCCUAUGGCGGUCGAGAUAAGGUGAUGAAGGCACUGUGCUACAGUGCCAAACUGGUGGCUGGAUACCAUGCCAAGCGGAAUCCGGAUCUGGCUAAGCGUUACGCCACUGCAAGCUCGAAGAUCUCAGGUGCGAGAGCCACCCUGCGCCUUAUCGACGACAUUCCCAUGAUCCAGUAUGCUUUGGAGUAUGGCUUGGGUGAAAAUGAGCCCGAUCGCAUAAUGGCUGUACUGGGUGUGACAGCCAACAUCGUGGACCUGCUUUAUUAUCCCAUCGAAAAAGUAUGCUGGCUGGCCGAGCACAAGAUUGUGGAUGUCAAGAAUGCCGACAGCUGGGACAAUGUGAACUCCAUAUUCUGGGUUCUGUCUGUGUACCUGAACCUCAUGAGGACAAUGCGAAAUUUUUCACUAAACCAGGACAAACUUAACCGCACCACCAAUAUAAACGACCUGGACGUCAAAACCAUUACAAAGCACCGCCUGGAGAUGGUGUCCAUUGCCCGCAUCUCCCUCGACUUUGUACACGCAGUUAGCACGCUACCCAAGGGAUAUUUGUGGGGCGGCAAACUGUCCACUUUUCAGGUGGGGGCUAUUGGGACCCUGUCCGCCGGUUUAGGCAUCUACCAGAUCUUUGCAAAGAGAAGACUGAACAAGUAGUUGCGCCGCCGUGUUUGCAAUCGUUGCACUCGUAUUUGUUGAUCAGAAUUUUAAGCUAGUCGAUAACAGUUUUUGUACGGCACUCGCAUGUGUUUAGCCAGUAAGUCCUUCAAAGAAACACAAAAUACACGCUGAAUAAUGAUAAAACAUGG